CUGCAAUCAUGGCUUAUAAUUUCGGGAUGCAAGAAAGAUUCGAACUCGCAGAGGCGCAAUGCGGAUUCCUGCCUCUUAUCACCAUUAUAGGCUUUUUGUCUGUCGCCGGAACACACGAGCUCAGGAUGACCCUCGAAGAAAACAUACAGACUUUGACCACAACACAUCCGAUACUACGUGCCAUCAUUAUCAACAGAUUGACCAGAAGACCGGAGUGGAAGGAAAUGGACGUGGUGCCCACCACUCAGGAGAUCCUCGAUGCAGACACGUCUAUAGCGAUGUCUGUCGAGGAGGUCAUUGUCCAAGAAGACAAAAAGGGAGCACUGCUCAAUCUGGACACUGGACCGCUCUGGCGUGUCGCGAUCUACGAGCAGGAAUCCUCUGGUGUUGGAAGAGGAUGCUACAUUGCGUUGAGUAUAUGUCACAUAGUCACGGACGGCAGCGGUGCAUUGGAGCUCUAUCGCCAGCUCUUCCGGACCAGGAAAGGAUCUGAUACGAACAUGGUCAAGGAUCUUGUCCCGAUACCACCUAGGGCGGAAGAUACAGUGGACUUGCGACCCUCUCUAGUGACAGCGUUGAAGGCGUUCGUACAGGAGAUUGGCGUGAAGGUACUACCUUCAGCUCUCCAACGCUAUGUUGAGAAAAUCCCGGCUUGGCCGGCACAGAACACUUCGCCCAUUGAUCCGAUUUCUCCAAAGGUAAAUCGUAUUGCUCUCGAGCUCGGGUCAAACAAAUCGCUGGUUCGUGAACUGAAAUCAUUCGGCAAGAUUGGCGGAACAGGGACGCUCCAAUCGGUGCUAAACACUGCUGCGAUUAUCGCUUUGACAGCAGCUAUUGAUACGAGCGACGGUCUGACAGCACUUGGGACAGAAACCCCAAUAUCACUCCGUUCUCGCGAUCUUGGGCACCCGCCUUUUGGGGGCAACUAUACCGCCCUUGCAGAGUUUAUCUUGUCUCCGGAAGCAAUUCGAAGCCAAAGCGUUUCAGAUGUGCUCUCUGCGUACGGGGAGUGCUUGCACACCCCUCAUGGUCUGGAAGAAGCCCGGUCGAGAGCCGGGAUGCUGCAGCUUAUUCCAGACAUCCCAUAUCUGGUCAGCCCCACAUUCAAGAUACAAAAUCAGAGGGUGCAGCCACCUCCGACAGGCUGGGAGUCGUUCUUGAAUCAACAGGCGGCAUCGAGGAAUCCCUACCGUAACUCUUUCGCCAUUUCUAACCUUGGACUAUUCGACUCAACGGCCCAUCCGGAGUUGGCGGGUGUUUGGUUUUGUCAAUCCCCAAUGCCUUGGGGUGUUGCAUUGUAUCUUGACGUCGUUGGUUAUACCGUGCGCGGCCCUCCAGAAAUAGAUGGAGGUGUAGAAACCGAACUCGGCAUAAUCAUUUCAUACUUCGAAGGCGCUGUCAGCGGCAAUACCAUCGACAACUUCUGCAAAUAUUUCGUACGCGCGCUCGAGCUUUUUGCUGCCGCCGGAAAUUCUGGCGUCGAACAGACAAACGCAUUGAAAGCCUCUAGGCUCGCCGAGCUGGUUCGAGUAGUUAGGUGUUGAGAAAUAACAGAUAGGUAUAGAAAGGGUACCGUGGUCUCAUUGGUUCCUGCAGGAUUUUUUCGUGAUCAACUGCUUGAUUAACACCUCUGAUGGUACACAGCUUGGUGUAAUCCAUUCCAGUAUCUCGGUAUAUCCAUCAAUGUUAGAUCCCCAAGCAAGAUACCUUCAUCUCUCAUUCCUCUUACGUGUC